AAAUUGAAAGGAUGAGAUGGAAGUGGGGAAAGAAGAGGAACCAAUGAUGAAUGGAGGUGACCAGGAAGAAGGUGCCCCAUGCAUCACUAAUGCCUUUGCUGCUUCUCCUGAACGAUCUACAAUUCAACCUCACUUUGAUUCUCUCCAAAUCUCAACUGAUGGAUCAUUCCUUCUUGGAGCUUCCAAUUUGAAUGGCCAGCGAUGGGAUGGGAGCAUAUGGCUUUGGAGAGAUUCUCAAGCCCUUCUCAUUCCUUCUAAGGCCAGAGCUGCAUACUUCAAUCCUGCAGGCAUUUCUGAUGUUGCCUUCCUUGACAAAGGCCAGAAAGUCCUUGCAGCAGAGGACACAGGUGUCAUCCACAUUUUGAAGGCAGAUGAGGAUGAAGAUGGCAAAGGGUAUUUUGCUCAUUUGGCUGCUGUGGAAGAAAAUGACGAUGCUAUACUGUCUUUGUCAGUCAACCACCAAACUGAGAUUGUCAUAUCAGGGAGUGCAGAUAAAAGGUCAGAGACCUUUCAUCUCCAGUUACCAAGAAAUGAGGUAGAAUGCUACUUUGCUACAUGAGGCACUCCUGUUGUAAGCUUCUUUCUUGUGUUCUAGCAUAAAACUAUGGGACAUUCAAUUGAUGACAUGCCAACGUACUUUUGACCAUGCUCAUGAUGAUAUGGUCACAUUUGUUGCUUGCCAUCCCUCACAAGCUAAUAUUUUUGCAUCAUGUGGCCUUGAUGGCCUUCUCACAAUUUGGGAUGUUAGAUUGAAACGACCUGCCUUUGGUGAGACUUCUCCCCUAUGUACAUAUAGAUUCAUUUCAGGAGAUAGAAAUCCAUAUGUCCUGUCUCCUUCAAAGCUCUUGAAAGGAAUGCUGGGAACCCACCUAUGUGUAUUUCAUGGCACCCAAACAAAAUGAUGACCAUAUGUUAUGGACACAUGGGAGGGGGUAUCCAAGUGCGAGAUGCUCGAAUGGAUGUUGGCUCUGUGCAGUCACGAAAACUUUAUGACUUUCCUGUUCAUCGUAUUGCUCCUUGUCCAACACACCCAAAAAUACUGGCUGUGUGUGGGGAUGACCAUCAGGUAUUUCUCCUUGAUGGCAGCUCUAGUGAUUUGCAGAUUAUAUUUGUGCAAGAAGGACACAGUGGUUUUGUUCAUGGGCUUGCCUGGGAACCAGAGCAGCCGGUAUUAUGGACGUCUGGUUGGGACUCUCAAAUAUUCAAGACUUCUGUGAAUGUGGUUGAUCCUGGUCAAUCCAAUUCAGUUCAACAUGUCAUUCUAUGAAAACAACUUGUCAUGCUUCUUUCCAUUUGUUGUUUCUUAGCAACUGCUUUUUCCUGCAUUUUGCUUCAUUCAACCCAUUCCUAAUGAGUAAAUAUAAAUUUUCUGUCUUGUGUUGA